GUGAUACCCUGUGCAUCACAAUGACCUACACACAGCCCUGCAUUAGACCAUGCAGACCAGACGUGAGUUGACUUUUAUGUCCAUGUGAAUGUAGGCCGCGGCCUGCUCUCCUCAGCACCUGAUGACAGCUUAAUUCCCAGGCCGGGCCUCCUGCUGAGGAGGCCGUUUGUGUGGGAUGACAGACGGAGAUCAGGCCAAGGGGAGAUGAGUGGGAACCCUGCGAGCCCGCUCAGGUUUCGUGCACCGUGAAAAGAUUUGUCCAGGCCAUUCACCUCUGAUGGAGUUUCCCAUGUUCUGCUGGGAAGCACUUUUUGUUGAAGUGUUUCCAUAGCGAGUCCCCGUUUCUCUCUAUCUCUGCGUGGGCACGCACAUAUGCACUCACUCACGUAUGCACGUUGGCCACACACAUUUUGUGGAGAGAGCUGGCCCGUCCAUUCGGUUGUUUGCUGCAGCCGAGACCACAUGGAGCACCGGUGAGCUGGCCACUACACAGACCAAGGUAAGAUGGGUUCAGGCCCAGAACAAGAGGAUAAGAAAAAUAAGGGAACAGGAUAAAAAGGGGUUGGGUGGUCUUGGAAAGAGGGGACUUGUUAGAAUAGUUAGGGGAUUAGAGUAAAGUAAAAGAGGGGCAGUAAAGUGACCAGGGCAAGAGGGUUUAUGUUAUGAGGAGGUCUAGAUGUGAAGUAUUGGAGGACUUUGGGGGCUUUUAAAUAACUUGAAGGUACAGUACAGUUUCAGACAUUCUUGCAACACAAUAAACAUUUUGAGGGUUAUAAGUUGUGACAUUCUGAAGGAUGGAAAUGUGUGAACCUCGCUCUCUAGGUGGUAAGAUGGAGCGCUUAUGUUUGAUCCUCCUGCUGAUGGGUAGGACCACUUCAGUCUUGGCACAGUUUAAUGGAUACAACUGUGAUGCCAACUACCACAGUAGGUUUCCCGCGGAGCGCGACAUCAGUGUGUACUGUGGGGUUCAGACCAUGACCUUGAAGAUUAACUUCUGCCCAGUGCUGUUCUCCGGCUACACAGUUGCAGAUCUGGCGCUCAACGGUCGCCAUGGCGAUACCCACUGCCGGGGCUUCAUCAAUAACAACACGUUCCCCACGGUAGUACUGUUCAGCAUCAGCCUCAGCACACUGGAGGCCUGCGGCAACAGCCUGGUGGUCACAACAUCCUAUGGGGCUAAUGCCUACAGGAACAUGUCACUGGUGCAGAUUGGGAAUAUCUCAGGGUACAUCGACACUCCAGAUCCGCCAUCCAUCAUCAGCUAUCUGCCCGGCCUGCUGUACAAAUUCAGCUGCAGCUACCCCCUGGAAUACCUGGUCAACAACUCACAGCUGGCAUCAUCAUCUGCUGCAAUAUCAGUGAAGGACAGCAAUGGUACCUUUGUGAGCACAUUGAGUAUGAUCCUUUACAAUGACUCAACCUACAACCAACAACUCUCUAUCCCAAUGGCCGGACUGGCUUUGAAAACCCGAGUGUUUGCUGCAGUGAAAGCCACAAACCUGGACAAACGAUGGAAUAUCUUGAUGGACUACUGUUACACCACUCCCUCAGGGAAUCCCAAUGAUGAACUGCGCUAUGACCUUUUCUUUGGCUGCUAUAAAGACCCACAGACCACUGUUUUUGAGAAUGGGAAGAGUCAAAUGGGUCGUUUCGCCUUCGAAGUGUUCCGUUUCGUCAAACACAGACACCAGAAGAUGUCCACUGUGUUUCUGCACUGUGUCACCAAGCUGUGUCGGGUAGAUGACUGUGUCCUGCUCAUGCCGAUCUGUGGGCGUCGGCGUAGGAGGGACAUAGAGGAUAGCCUGGAGUCUCGGCCGUCGUCUGGGGAUGCCAUCAUCACCGCUGGACCCAUCAUCACCAGGAUUGAUGAAACUCCAACAAAUAACUCACAACUUGCUUCAUCGAGUGGCCCCUCCCUAACGUUGAACCCAGUGACCAGUGCUCUGCUGUCGGGUGUGGUCAUUCUGGGCGUGUUCAGUCUGGGCUUCUUCCUGCUCUCGCUCUGCCUCCUCCGCAGACCCCCCCUCCCUACAGCCACACCAUCAGAAGCAUGGAACCCUAGCUUCAAAUAAACCUCUGGUGUGCGUGUGCUCUCUCUCUCUCUUUCUUUUCAUUCUCAUUAUCGCUCUCAUUCUCCCCCUCACUUUUUUCUCUCUCUCUCUUAUCCAUCUAACUAUAACUAAUACCUACAGUAUGUAUUUGCACGGCAGUUAGAAUAGGCAGGUGCAUAUAAGCUCCCAGUAAAGAUAACUGUGAUCUAAAAUAAUGAUUCUAGAGUAAGAGGAGGUUUAGCCACGAGCAAUCGUUUCACUCUGUAACUACCAAGUAAAUAGAUCAAUACAUAAUAGGAGCAGUUAUUGUAGAGCGGGACCUGUAUUUCCUGAAAUGUAUACUUAGGUACUCUAUCUUUCCUGAACGUGUACUUACUCUCCGUUUCUUACUUACUCUUUUCCGGCAGCUGUAACAGUCACUGUCAUGCCAAACUCUCAGUCACAUACUCACAUGUACAUACACAUAGUCAAGCGCAUAUUGAUACUGUAAAUAGUUAAUUCCUCCUUUGUGUACAAGGGUACAGUAUAUGUUCAAUAACAAUUUAAUGAAUUGUUUUCCUGUUCUUUAUUUUGAUCUAUUGAUAGACCAGUGUAUUGUUUUUUACAGGUAGUGUGUAAUAAAACUGACCCAGGUCAGUAUGUAAGGCUCAUUUCCCAUCUAUUCAAUACCUUAGUGUCUUUUUGUCAUCAAUUGGGGCGGCAGGGUAGCUAGUGGUUAGAGAGUUGGACUAGUAACUGAAAGGUUGCAAGUUCAAAUUC